CAACCAGCCAGCCAGCCAGCCAGCCAGUCACUCAGUCAGGCUUGGGCAGUCGACGCGUGCGGGAGUAGCGCGAAGGGCAAGGAAAAAUGAUCUCAAGUGCUACUCCGUCCAUCGAGCAUCAAGUGUGAGUGCUGAUAAGAUUGUGGGGACCCGGAAAGCAUAACCAGGCAGCGUUAGUCAGCCACGAAGAAGCUUGACCGACUUGAAGGCAGCGAGCGAGUGGGUGUGUGCGCGCGGGAGGGGACAAGAUGGCCGGCUAUCUCGCUCUCAGCCCCAUGGAUGAGAACGGCCGCGCGGUGCAGGGGAGCGGCGCCGCGGGAGGUGGCGAGGAGGCCCACUUUAAACAGGAGCUGCUGACGGCGGUGAAGACAGGCGACGAGGACAAGCUCCGCCACGCCCUGAAGCACCUCCCCGACAAGGCCGUCAACUACAUCUUCCCCUCGCCGGACUCCGCCACGGCCCUGCACCUCGCGGCCAAGAACAACUCCCUUGACCUCGUCACCGCCCUGCUGGAGGCCGCCGCGGACACCAACAUCAAGGACCUCUCAGGGAAGAAGUACUGUCCCCUUCACUACGCUGCCGUGAAUGGCAAUGCGGAGGUGGCCAGCGUCCUCCUGAAGGAAGGUGCUAACCCCAACGCCAAGGAUGGAGAGUUUAGCCGCACGGCCCUCCACCUCAUCACCAACAAGUGGAAGACCAACGAGGACUCCUUCAAGGCCUGUUUGGACACUCUCUUGGCCUGCAACAAGACUCGCGUGGACAUCCUGGACCAAAACAGCUGCUCUCCCCUCUUCCUGGCCGCCUCCAAGGGCUGGGAGUACAUGGUGCGGCGGCUAAUACUAAAGGGGGCGAACACCAAGGCGGCUUCUGGCAACAAAACCGCUGAGGAUGUCAUCAAGAAAAAGUUUCCUGACCUACUGGACUCCAUUGACUUCUCUGCCAUUGUCAAGCCACAGAGGCACUUCAGUGAUGAGCUCUACGAUGCGCUGAGCAACUCCGACAUCGAGCUCUUCUGUGAGAUCCUGGAUGAGAUCGAGAAAGAUGAGUCGCAGUCCAUGAAGUCAGCACUGGAGGAGGACCACGGGGAGUACACACUGCUGCAGUACGCAUGCGAGAAUGGACUGACGGACUUCGUGGAGGAGUUGCUGAAGCGUGGUGCUGACCCUUCACACGUGGACCAGACCAGCCAGAUGAGCCCGGUCCUGUACGCCGCGCGGAACGGCUACUACAAAAUACUCGACCUCCUGCUGCUGGCGUUGAGGGACCAGAAGCUUGAGAGGGCCGCCCUGAAACAGAGAGACCGCAGGAAGGAGACAGCGCUGCACAAGGUCGUCAAAAGGGAGUACGUCUCAAAUUCUGAGGGCGUUAAUUACUUCAAGUGUCUGGAGCUGCUGUUGGACAAGAAACGGUCGCUAGAUCUGGAUGCACAGGAUGAGUUCGGAUGCACAGCUCUGCAUUACGCUGUUCUCUGCGAUGACCAGAGCUUUGUGCGCGUCCUCCUCCUCAAUGGGGCGCAUUUGGGCAUCAGGAACCAGUUUGGGACAUUGGCCAUCACUCGCAUCCAGCCGUCGGUCCUGGAGGAGGUGCUCAAUGACUGCAUCAAGUACAGGAACAACGUGUCGGAUCGGGAGUUUGAGAUCAUCCUCCACUACAGCAUGUUGGCGCCCACACAAAUGUCACAGCAACCGGAGACAGAGUGCCUGAGGUUCCUGAGUGGCUCACGCAAGCACCGACGCCUCCUCUUGCACCCUGUGAUUGACACGUUCCUGUUCCUGAAGUGGCAGAGGAUCCAGAAAUACUACUACUUUAACAUCCUUGUGUACACGGCCUUCCUCAUCCUCCUGACGGCUUACAUCCUUCUCUUCCACGGGACCUUCACACCCUCGACAACAAGCGGACAGAACGCCACACUCAGCAAAAGCAUCCCAGACCCAAUAAAGGACAAUAUGGCCCUGAAGAUCAGCCUCAAAGUUCUUAUCUUCAUCUGCACCUUGUAUAUUGCAGUGAGGGAAGGAAUUCAGUUCUAUGUUUCCUGGAAAAUGUACGUGAUGAAGCUCGAGAACUGGCUUGAGAUCUCGAUAAUCCUCCUGACCUGCACGGUGCUGUUCAUGCCCAUGGAGGUGGUGCCACAGCAGAGCGUGUGUGCCUGGCUGGUGUUGUUCUCGUGGAUAGAGUUCGUGCUGCUGCUGGGGCGGCAUCCAUACCUGUCCAUCUACAUCACCAUGUUCACCACGGUCACCAACAACUUUCUCAAAUUCAUUAUAAUGUUCUCCUUCAUGGUGGUGGCCUUCAGCAUCAGCUUCUACCUGGUGUUCCAAGUGGACGAGCACUUCACCACCUACUACAACUCCCUCCUGAAGACCAUAGCCAUGACCACCGGGGAGAUUGAGUACACAGGGCUCCCCCUGGAUGCCUUCCCUGUCUCCUCGCACCUUCUCUUUGUGGUCUUCGUGUUCCUCAUCGUGCUCGUCCUCAUGAACCUGCUCAAUGGCCUGGCGGUGAGCGACAUCCAGCAGAUCCAGCAAGAGGCGGAGAUUGUGAGCUACAGUAGCAGGGUAGAGCUGGUGUCCUACAUCGAGUCGGUGUUCCUGGCAAGUCCACUGCAUCAGAUCUUCCCACGGUCACUGCGGUGCUGUGAGGGCGGCGAGGAGAAGGACGACUGCUCCUUCACGGCCUGUCUGGAGCAGCACAACCCCGCCAUGAAGCUCCUCAACCGCCUGGGACGCCGCACGCUCAUGUUCCAGACCUGUCUCCGCCGCAACCCAAGCAUCUCCGUGUUCCCCAACCGUGGCAAGGACCGUUGGUACGUCUGUGAGUGCCACCGCUUUCAGCUGAAGGAGGCGCAAAUCGAAGCGGCCAAGGACGUGGUGCUGGAAAAGGAGCAUGCUGUGGCUAACCAUCGCCUCUCAGGGCUUGAGUCUCGCCUGGAUCAGUUGAUGGCCGCAGUUUCGUCCCUCACAGAGAAGGUGGACAAACACGUCCUCUGCCCGUCCCCACAGUGACGCCAUAGCACCCUGGCCGAGGUCGACACUUGAUUUCUUGUUAUGCUGAAGAAUUUAUGAUGAUUUUACCUCAGAGGAAGCAGUGAAGGGAAAACAUUAAAAAAAAUGGAUAAAUAAGAGAGUAAAACUGUCAAUUCAAAAACAGAAAAGUGGUAGAAAAUUCCAAAAGAUCAUUCAGAAAUAGUCUGAGGUGUCAUGAUACUCCCUUCUUGAAAGAGAGCCUCUGGUACUCAAGAGCUCCAAGAGGAUGCGACUUAUAAGAGGGCAGUUGACACCUAUCUUUCAGGUCCAUAGGAGGUCUGGGCAUGUAUAGAGGACUCUGAAAGCAUAAAGUAAGAGGACUGCAUUGUUAGCUUGGUCCUUCUCUCUGACACAUUACCGUGCCAGCUUUACUGUUGGAGACAAAGUAAAUUAACAUGUAGACACAAGACAGCCUAUAGAAAUUUAGGAAACAAUGCAUCAUCACUAAAAGGCACAUUCUUGAACAUGUUUGGCUAUUGAGCACAAAGAUAUAUAGAUGUCUGAAGAUUGUUAAGCAGCAUUCAUACACCAAGUGGCUGAUCCAAGUGCAAAGUGACUUAAUAAAGGAAUGAUUAUUUGCUUUGCUUGGCCUUGCACUGUAACAUACUGAGCAUUACAAACUGACUGAACGAUUUAUUAUGAGGUGAAUCUGUAGACCAAACAACUCAUUACUGGAUCAGACCUUCCCUCCAUCCAUAAUUACUGAUUAAUUCUUAUUAUGCCUUUUUCAUGAAUAGACAUAGUUUUAAGUGUCCUUCUAUGAUUAACGUGUGAGUAAUAGUUAGAUAUAUUUUACCACGAUUCCUACGUUAGAUAUCUCAUAAAGCUAUUACUAAACAAUUACUAUAAGUACUAUUUUUAAUAUGAUUUUUAGUGCUAUCAUUAUCUGGAGACAGGAAGGCCGGGCCACUCUCCAACAUACUCUGUUCACAUUAACUUGGCAAAUUAGCCCCUUGCCUCUCUCUAAUAGUGUGUGGCAUUGACCAGUCCACAAAGGAGCCACACCCCCUAUAACAUACUCCAUACUCUGUUCACACUAACUUGCCAAAGAAGCCCCUUGCCUCUCUCUAAUAGUGUGUGGCAUUGACCAGUCCACAAAGGAGCCACACCCCCUAUAACAUACUCCAUACUCUGUUCACACUAACUUGCCAAAGAAGCCCCCUCCCCUUCUGCUAAUAAGUGUGUAUCAUUGGUCAGUCCACAAGCAAGCUAUAACCCUUCCCUACUUAGCUUGCUUGUGACCGGUGGAUGCUGGGAAAGGUUGUACCCAAGCUGCUGAGGGCGGGGUUUAUCAGCAGUGUUAGUAUGAAGGGACUAUGUUAUCAUUCUUUAUAAAAGCAAUAUGUGUGUGCCAUUAGGUGCAGUGUCUGGGUAAUUAUUAAGCCUUGAAGUACUUAAUUCUAAUGAGCCUUAAUUUAUUCUGUCAAUGAGUUUGUCCAUACACUUUGCUACGAGUGUUUCCUUUCCUCUAUACAUGAAGCUGUGAUAAUGCUGACCAAGCUGAAUAAAUACUACAAUACCU